GUGGCCAGUGACUGUAUAUCGCCCAUACAUAAAAAAAAGUUCUAGCAGCAUUUUAGCUUAAUACACAACCUCUCUGUCUCUACUGGAUAUGUCAGUGUCAGUAUAGUUUAAAAAAAACACUAUGGUAUUUAAUAUAAAUUACUAUAGUAUAUUUUCAAGUGGGUGCCUGACAUUUAUUAUUAUUUAUUUGUUCAGGAUAUAUGCAUUUUCAUAUGCCUAAUUAUUCAACUGUUAAAAUGACUAUAAUUAAAUGAAAUAUUCUUAAGAAUAAAAAAACUAUGUGUUCUUUGGAUGAGUGUACUUCCAUUGUGAUAUUAUAUUGUCAUUCUGCCGUCGUAUAAUUAUGAGUCUUAAAAUGACAAUAAUUUAGUUAAUCGCAAAAUAUUUUGGAGCAAUGUAUUGUACAGAUAUCGUGACAGGCCUAUGUCUACGGCAUGAAGAUAUAGUGUCAUCUUUACCCCCUCAUAAAAGCAGUAUACAGUGAUGACAAAUGCUGGUGUCCUCAUUAAAGAGACGUCAAGUUGCUCAAUCUAAAUGCAACGUGAGUCAACAGGAUGUGUUUUUAGUUAUGUCUUCCACAGCAGCAGCACUGAUAGAGGGAAGAGGCGGAGCCACCCAACCACAUCCUGCUUCACCCCAACCUUGCACCUCAUCCCACUGUUGCCAUGGUGAACAAACUGUCAUUUCCUCAUGUCUCUUCAAAGCUUCAGCCAGAGGACAGAAGUAUCCCAGAAGGCACCACUGCACAAACGAAGAAAUCACUGUGCGUCAAGAAAGACAGCGUGAUGAUUUCUGAACUUCAGAAGUCACGAUGCAGAUGACUUUACUGUCCAUCACAGUGUGGUUCACUCACUUCCUCAUCGUUUCAGCCUUCAAUUUCAACACUCUGCCCACACACACCCUGAGUGACUACAUCGAAACCACACAAAUAACUCCAACAACAACAACAACAACUAACCAGCAACCCAAGACCCUAAUAAAAGCAACACCUUCUUCACCUCUGACCACAAUAACACAAGAGAACACAACAAAUCCGACCAAAGAAGAGCACAUCCAGCCAAAUACAGCUCCUACACAGGAAACAACAUCCUUAUAUCAAUAUAGCAGCACUCCGCCUCAAAAUGACAUGAUGGAUGAAGGUGUGAGCAUUAGCAGUGCUAGUAACGGUGCUAUAGGACACACAAAUACAAUAACAAGAGUUUCCACUAAUUCUCCAAGACUAACCUCACAAAAUGAUGAAAAUAGUGAAACAACAAAUGGGAGUUACAAUAAUGAGCUAAACGUCACGCUGGAAAUGACAUCUCCUCAUCAAUACAACAGCAGUCCAUCUCAAAGUGAAACAGAUGAUGAAGAUGUAAGCAUUAGCAAUGCCAGUGGUGUUCCUAUGAACUACACAAACACAACACCAACAGUCUUCACGAACUUCACAAGACUAAAGUCCCACAUAUAUAAAGAAAAUCAAACACGGAUAAUGUUAAACAGGAGUUACAAUGAUAAUGGAGACACAACUGAGCCAAAUACAACUCUAAAUCUGACAUCCAUGCAUCAAUACAACAGCAGUCUGUCUCAAAAUCACAUGAUGGAUGAAGGUAGCAAUGAUGUUGUUGUGAACUACACAAACCCAACAAAAGCAGUCUACACAAACUCACCAAGACUGACGUCACAAAAGGACGAAAAUAAUGAAACCUGGACAACGUCAAACGUGAGUUACAAUAAUGACAGAUACACAGCUGAGCCAAAUACAACUCAAAACAUGACUUCCAUGUUGGAAAUGAGAUCCCUGCAUCAACACAACAACAGUUUGUCUCAAAAUGAUACGAAUAAUGAAGAUGCGAGCAUUAGCAAUACUAGUGAUAUUGCUGUGAACUACACAAAUACAACACCGACAGUUUUCACUAACUUCACAAGACUGACGCCACAAAAGGAUGAAAAUAAUCAAACAGGCAUAAGUUACAAUCAUUUUCAAACUGUAGAUCCAUUCAGCAAUGUCUCAACCCAUCCCUGGAAGGACAAAGAAGAUGAAACAACGAAAGCUGAUGAGGGAGAUUACGAAACAAACUCCACCCAGGCCACAUUUGUUAAUACGAGCGAGCAGUGGAGAGAAACACGUGGCACUGAGGGAAGUUACGACUUUACAAGUGAACACAGAGAGGAAGAUUACAACACAACAGCGAAUACAAUCAAUGCAAGAGCUGCAACAGAUUGGUUAACUUCACAAAACAUUCUCACAGCCACGCCAGCUUACACAGUAACACCAGACUCGGUGGUUACUGAUGAACCUGAAUAUCACACCUCUGCAGGUGGUGUAGAUCAUUCUACGAAACCACAGGACUUGUUAACGUCCACACAUACAGAAAGUGCAAACAUGACAGGAACAGGCCCACCCAUUGGUUCCACCACCGUUAACAACAACAACUCUAACAUAACCGAUGUCUUAACAGACAACAGCACAUAUCCCACCACCAACAUAACAGACACAGAAAGUAAUGUGUGGCCUACCUGUUUGAACUCGUCUCGCCAAUCCACGAUAGUUUGCUUCAUCACAGUAUGGGCUUUAGCAAUGACCGCAGCCAUUUUUCUAGGAGUAACCAUCUUUCUGUGGGUGCGUCUGUCGAUUGUCAAAGAAAGAAUGAAGAUGAAGGAGAAGCGAGUUGAGGUGGGUGAGAAGCAGAGCCUUUGGGCUGACCCGAAAGCAUCUGUGCAAGAGAGAGUGGAGUUUUGGUACGUCAACGGAUCCACACUGGAGGCCGACAGAAAGGACAAGAACAGAAAGAGGCAGGAGAGGAUGAAGAGAAGAGGACAGGAACAGGUUAAUGAGGAGAACGAGCUGUGGAUGCAGCCUAGAGUGACUGUAGAUGACAUUACAGAGUUCUGGUAUGCAAACAGACGCAUGAGAGAAGAGAGGAUGAGGGACAUGGGGUUAUAAACUUCCAAAAAAACAUGUGGAGAAACAGUUUUAACAAUCUGAUUAUGAUUAUUGUAGUAAUCAAGGAUUCUACGUGGACAGUUUAGUUGUAAUUAUGUUGUUUUUUUCAGGUUAAUAAUUUGUAUUUAGCUGUAAACUGCAAAAACUCUGUUACUGUCAGACAAACCCUGUUUUAGAGUCAUAUUUCUUGGUUUUAUUCACUUUUAGCUUGCUUCACUUCAUAAUGUUGCUAUUUGAACCUGAAAUAUGACCUGCAAAGUUACAAUGUCAACUCAAACAUCAGUCUUUCUGUAAAUCAGUAAACACUGAACAUCCUUAAACAC